AUGGCAAUCGUCAACCUCCUCCUCAACCCGUGGGGGUUAGCCUGCUUGGGCGCCGUCAUACUGGUGGCCUAUUACGUGGUGCCCUACUACACCACCUUUGGCCACCUGCGGUCCAUCCAGCCGGCAUCCCCAUUCGCCGGCUUCUCCAACCUGUGGCUGCUAUACACGUCGCGGGUAGGGCAGCGGUCGCUGCUGGUGGACGAGGCGCACGCACGCCUCGGCCCCGUGCUGCGCCUGCAGCCGAAUCACGUCUCCAUCGCCGACGAUGAGGCCAUCAACAUCAUCUACGGCCACGGCAAUGGAUUCCUCAAGUCGUCUUUUUACGACGCGUUUGUCUCGAUCCGCCGGGGCCUCUUUAACACCCGCGACAGGGCGGAGCACACGAGGAAGAGGAAGCUCGUCAGUCAUACAUUUGCGCCCAAGAACGUCGGCCAGUUUGAGCCGUAUAUCCACGCGAACCUAGAGCUGUUUGCCAAGAAGUGGGACGAGUUGAUUGAGCGUACCAAGAGGGCUGAUGGGUGGGCGCCUGUUGAGUGUUUGCAGUGGUUCAACUUCGUCGCCUUUGACACCAUCGGCGACCUCGCCUUCGGCGCUCCCUUUGGCAUGCUCAAUGCCGGCGCCGACAUCGCCGAGGUUCGCAUGUCGGUCGACUCGCAGCCCAUGUACGCCCCUGCCGUCGAGAUCCUCAACCGGCGCGGCGAGGUCUCUGCCACCCUCGGCACGCUGCCCGAGCUCAAACCCUACGCGGCCUACAUCCCGGACGCCUUCUUCACCAAGGGCCUGACCGCGGUCCAGAACCUGGCGGGCAUCGCCAUCGCGCGCGUCAAGAGCCGCCUGGAAAACCCGCCCGACGUCGACCGCAAGGACCUGCUCGCGCGGCUGCAGGAGGGCCGCGACGCCAAGGGCGAGCCGCUGGGCUUCGAGGAGCUGGCCGCCGAGGCCCUGACGCAGCUGAUCGCCGGCAGCGACACCACCAGCAACAGCUCGUGCGCGCUGCUGUACUGGACCGCGCGCACGCCCGGCGUCCUGGCCAGGCUGCAGGCGGAGCUGGACGCCGCCAUCCCGGACGGCGUGGCCGCGCCGUCCUUCGACAUGAUCCGCAACCUGCCGUACCUCGAGGCCGUCAUCAACGAGACCCUGCGCAUCCACUCCACCUCCGGAAUCGGCCUGCCGCGCCAGAUCCCCGCCGACUCGCAGGGCGUCACCAUCCGCGGCCGCUACUACCCGCCCGGGACGGUGCUGAGCGUCCCCACCUACACGAUCCACCACAGCAGGGAGAUCUGGGGUCCGGACGCCGACGAGUUCAGGCCCGAGCGCUGGAUCGAGAACGGCGGGCCGACCGCCAGGCAGAAGAACGCCUUCAUCCCCUUUAGCUACGGGCCCAGGGCCUGCGUCGGCAGGAACGUGGCCGAGAUGGAGAUGAAGAUGAUUGCCGCCACGUGGGCGAGGAGGUACGACGUCGAGGUUAGGCAGGACGUUAUGGAGGUGAGCGAGGGGUUCCUGAGGAAACCGUUGGCGUUGGAGAUUGGGCUGAAGAGGAGGAGUUGA